AUGGAUCUCAUUUAUCUAACCCAGAAUGAGUCUCCAGCUGAGUUGGGAAGAAGGAGAAGGCUCGUACUAAGCAGACAGUGUGCACGUCAACAGGCAGGAAGGAACCCUGCAAGCAGCUGGCCAACAAGGCAGCCUGCAAGAGUGCACCGAAGAAGCCUCACCACGACCUGCUCCACACAGUGGAGCUACCUGACAACCUCCAGCUGCAGUUCCAGUGACUCGUGUGCGAGAUCACGCAGGAAUUCAAGACUGACCUGUGAUUCCCAGAACUCAGCUGUCAUGGUGCUGCAGGAGGUUUGCAAGGCCUACCUGGUGGGGCUCUUGGAGGACACCAACCUCUGCCCAUUUCCUGCCAAUCGCCUCACUAGUAUGCCCAAGGACAUCCAGCUGGCGUGCCACAUCUGCGGGGAGAGAGUAUAA